GGGCGUGUGGUGAGGAGGAGAGCUGGGAGAGAAGGAGCCUGUACAGUACGGAAAACGAGAGUAGAGCGCGGCGUUACAGACCACAUAACAGCAUGUCAGAAGACCCCACGGCCGUGCUGUCAUGUUGGUUGACGGUCAGCUUGCCUUCAUCUCAGAGCUUACACUGACCAACACUGGACAAUAUGAUUGAAGACUUUUUUCAUCAAAUUGAAACAGAGCUUGGCCCGCUUAGCUCAGAUUGGUUUGAGGAGCUGACCGUGAAAGCGUAUAAAGAUGGACACUGCCCUGUUGCUGUGGAGAGAGAGUCGUCACAUACAGAAGGUGGUAUGUUCAGAGCACCAAUGGGAACACCGGGCUUGGACAGUCAGAUGUCUUCAACGCCCAGAAUAUUUAGGCACAGAGGACCACGGUCUCCUGACUCAAUUCUUGGACGUUCUCCGGACUCAGGUAUGCAGACCCCAUUGUCAGCGUUGCAAUGGACAGACUCAAGCCCAGGCCUGUUUGGCUCAGCAAAAGACAGAUCUUUUCUUUGCUUCUGUAGCCCGCAGUUUACAAAAGCCUAUGGAUCACUAAAGAAAAAUGACUGCUUUGGCCUGCUUGACACACCAAAAAGUUCACUGGCUCAAGAUGCAUCAGCAAAACGCAUCUCGGAGAGUCUUGGAGCUCAGUUAAAUCCUGAUUUGUCUUGGAGCAGCUCCUUCAACACACCAUCAGCUAUGAGCCCUACAGUUAUUUUGACAAGAAAAGAAGCCCAGCCUUCACCAGUAAGUUUCCUUAAAGACAAAGAAGUCAUUAUUGUACGGAAGUUAUUUCCAUCACUCUCAAAAGACACAGAUACAACAUCCGAAAGUGCAUCCACUGCGCAACACAACGUAACAGAUGGAAAUGCUAAGGGACAAAGGCCAGAUGAAUCAUUUGACAGCGUGGAUGCUCUCUGGAGGCAAACAGUACCAGAUGCAAUAAAGGAUGGCAAUGUCCGCAACACGGUGGAGAGUGUUCUCGACGGUGCAGAUGAUGUCCUGUCGAUUUUCUUCAGCAAUACUGGCUCAGCUCUGCGACGGGUUAAAACUAAAGAAAGAACAAAGAAAAGAGGGAAUGGUGUUUCUAAGGAGGUGAAAUCUGCUGAGCUUUCAACAGAAUGCUGUAUUGAUAAUCCUUUAGCAGCAAAGUUGGAUCCUGAUAUGAGCCCAUCGGAAUACUGUGCUGCUUCUGAUUCAAAAAGUCCCCUAAAAAACAAAGACUUCUCACAUUGGAGUCCUCUGAGUUUGUCUGAUGUGCAGGACUCGAAAGCAAAGCAAGAGUGCUUUUCUGAACUGCCAAAUGAGCACACUAAUCUUGUAUCAGUUAACAGUGAUUCAGAACAGCUUGUUCUUAGAGACAUUAUCACACAACCUGACCAGCUUUCUUCCUGCACUGUUGAGAAACAGAAGAGUUGUCCUGAUUCAUAUCCAGAGAGAUCACAGCCGAGAAACUCUUUGUCACCAUCUCCUGCACUGAACUUCUCCAGAAAAGCCAGGAAGUUUGUAUAUCGAGUGCAAAGUCCAUGUUCCUUAAGUUUAGGAAGUAAACGUGCUACACAAGGUGCUUUGACUGAAAAACACUAUGAGGACCCCUCUGAUGCUGAUGAGUCUAAACAGACAAAAGAUGACACGUGCACAGCAGACUCUGGAGCGUUUUUGGUGCGAUCAGGUUUAAGUACUGUUAAGCAGGUUAAUCCAGCAACCCUAAACAUGGACCAUGGCCUUGAUAUGACACAGCUUUGCAAAGCAUUUGCAGAAGAUUUCUCUCAGGAAGUGAAUUUGGAAAAGUCACCAAACAGAAGUACAGGGAUUGACCACAAUGUUCUCAUUACGUCACCUUGCAUGUCUCAGACUGUGGAAAUAAGUGAAGUCCAACUAAAAGCAGAAACUGAGAAACAGUGUGAUGACCACCAGGGCUUUCACAGCAAUCAACAGGAAAAAUCAGCUUUUGCAAAAGAAACAGUCAACUUAACAAAUAUGCUAAGUUUAGAGAGCAUGACCUCUGAAAAUCUGAAGCAUGACAGUGGCUGUUGUGUCACCUUAUCUGAUUUCAGCGGAGCAACUACAUCGUGUAAUGGUGCUGGACUUGACCAUCAUGGUUUUAAAACCGCCAAUAAUAAGAUAAUAUUCACCCCACCUGAAGCUGUAAUGAAGGCCAAAGCAAUAUUAGAUAUGGUGGAAGAAUGUAUGACUGUUAAAGUCAGUUCACCCAGAACUGACCUGCCAAAAGUAUCACACGACCCAGUUGUAACAAGCUCUGCAACAGCUGCAUGGCCUUCAGUAAGCCAUGGGCAAGGUAUCGGGAAUGGAGAAGAAACUGCAGAUUUUACACAAAAUGCCAGUUCAGAGAUAGUCGCAGAUCAUAUUCCGAACUCUUUCCUUUUACGAACAAAUGAUUCUGGUUUCAGAACGGCUUCUAACAGAAGUAUUACUGUAUCAGCUAUUCAUCUUGAGAAAGCUAAAGACAUUUUCAAGCAGUUGGAGGAAGAAAACUCUGAUUUAUGUCCAUCAAAUUCUGGAAAGUUGGAAGUCCAAAACGUUAACAAUGCCAGACUUUCUAAAUUUGACUUCAGAAACAACCAUACUAACCACAGCAAUGUUGAGGGGAACUGUUUUUUGACAGCAUCUCAAAAAGCUGAUGUAACGGAAUUGUGCAGCAUGUUGGAAGAUGCAGACAGUCAGUAUGAAUUUACUCAGUUUAGACAAGCAAAGCUGUGUUCAAAAUUUCUGGAUAGUGCUCAGCAUGAGAAAGAAUGGGAUCCUGCUAUACUUUCCGGUAUUGACUUUGAUGAUAGUUUUAAUUGUGAUAUUGAGAGACAAGCGUCCAGGAAGCAUCAUGCAAAGAUGGAUAAGCCUAAUCAGCACACUGCAGUUCAAAGUAUAUAUGAGAGCAAGUCAUUCAAUGUUCCUCAGGAAACAUCAAAUGCAAACCUUUCUUUGACUGAUGGCAGUUUGGGCCCAGACGGUAAAGAAGCAGCAAAGGCUUUAAAGGUAGAGACGAAGACAAGUGAAGAUAAAUCAUUUUGUAUUGGCUUUAAAACAGCUAAAGGAAAGUCUGUAAACAUCUCUGAGAAAUAUCUCAGCAAGGCAAGGAGCCUCUUUGCAGAUUUGGAAGAUUGUGAAGCACACUUUAGUACUAAGUGUGACCACAUGAAAGUUGCGCUUGAAAAAAAUGAAAAACAGUUAAGUGACCAUCAUGCGACUGAGCCCUCACCCGUAACUUGCAGCAAUGAGCCAUUUGGCCAUAAGAAAAAAGCUGAGCUUGAACCAGAGUCAGAAGGAAAUGGGUGUAAAGGAAAUACAAGCUUGGUCACAGAAGAAACUCAGAUAUGCAGUACAGAAAAUCUGGAAAAUGCUCAAGGCAAUAAAGAUCAAAAACCAGAUGUACUUCAAUUUAACAUGGUGAAUUUUGGGUUUAGUACUGCUGGAGGGAAGCAACUGAAGGUGUCAGAAAAAUCUCUUCUGAAUGCAAAGAAACUUUUAAAUGAGGUUGCAAACUGUGAAGAAGCUGCUAAUAAGUGUGAAGCUCCUGCCUCUUUAAAAGCCCAGCCAAAAACUAAAGCUGUUGACUCAAGUAGGAUUUCACUACAUAAUUCUAAUUUGUUGAUCGAUGCACUUCAUGAUUCAAAGAUAUCGGACAAACAUUUAACAAAAGGUGGAGAACAAAGCUCUAAAAAUAGCACAGAAAUAAGAUGGAAAAUGAGUGGAAAUCCCACUCCGCAGUCCAUACAGAGUAAUGGGUUUAAAAUGGCCAAUGGCAAAGUAGUGUCGGUUUCAGCAAGUGCUAUUGAGAGGUCAAAAACCUUUUUCAAAGACAUUGAUAGUAGUGUGGAUACCCCAGACGAAACAAAAUCAAAGGAAGUGAAUGCAAAAUUGGAUCUUAAAGUAGAAAGAAGCCAGCCCGUAUUUGUCAGUGGGUUCAAGAUGGCAAGUGGGAAAGGAGUCAGCUUUUCAGAAACAGCACUUAUGAAAUCAAAGGCUUUCUUCGAAGACUGUGAUCUUGAUUGCUCAGAUCAUUCUCAAGGCAAAGGAGAAAAGUCAAGUGUGAUGAAUAACUGUGGCUUCAAGGCAGUCAAGGGAAACAUGGUACAUUCGCCUGGAUUAGACAGUCUGAGCAAAAAUGCUGCGAGUUUAAAGGAAGAACCCGCUUUCUUAAAUAAAUAUGUCGAGAAGGAAUCCACUAAAACCUCAGCAGAGAUCCUUCAGUGCACAUCUGGAUUCAGUACAGCAAGUGGUAAAAUGGUAUCUGUUUCAGCAGAAGCACUUCAUAGAGCUAAAUCGGUGUUUGACGAUCCAAAUGAUGCCUCACCUUGUAAAAAGACAAUGGAAAUUUCAGAAGAGAAGAGUGUUUCCAAAACAGAGACCGCUGUUCCAGGAAGAAGCUGGGGCUUUAGCACAGCAAGUGGUCGGAUUGUCACCAUAUCUGACAAGGCACUGGAAAAAGCAAAGAAUCUAUUGACUGGUUGUGAAGUGGAAGGUUUAGCGCCAAAUGGAGGCCUUUUGAAUUCUACAAAGACAUCUUCUGUAGACCCUAAGCAAAUCACAUACUUUAACACUGCCAGUGAUAAAACUGUGGUUGUGCCAGAAAAGGCAAUGAAAGAAGCUAAAGCUGUGUUUGCAGGUGGUGAAGACGUUUCACCUGGUUUACAAGAGAUUGAGAGUCCCUUAACUUCACAAAAAGGGCAACAGAAAAGCCCUCACAGCAGUGCUUUGAGUACUAAGAAUAAGGCCAUGUUAGUCAAUGCUGGGAGUUCUAAAGGAAACCAAAAGGGUGGAAACCCAACACCUGAUAACUUUAGGGCUGGAAAUGUUGGUUUCAGCACAGCCAGUGGAAAAGGUGUGUCUGUGUCAAAAUCAGCCCUUCAAGUAGCUUUUGAAAUGUUCAGAGAUUGUGAUGUACAGCCAGUUACUCAUGAAAACCUUCAAUGUAUGAAGACUGAAUGUCAGUAUUCAAAAAGCAGUGAGAAGUGUCCACCAGAGGUGCAAGAGCUUGAUCAAAUUGGGCAGACCAGAGCUGCUACUCCAUCUCUUUCAUCACAAGAAAUACACAGCGAUGCUUCACCGUUGACUCGUCAUUCCUUAGACAUUAAUGGGUGCACUGUUACUCAGCAGAAGUAUUUUGAGCAGGAAGCUAUGGCUUGCACUAAAGCCUUGUUAGAGGAUGAUCUCAAUGAGCGCAGUCUUUUAGAAACUUUGGAGGACACUGACAGUAGGAAAAGUCCUGCUGUCUCACUGAAGAGAUCCCUUGAGGCAGCCAUAGUGGAAGGAAAAUGGAUGUCUGAUGUUGGUUUGACAGGUCAACCUCCUUUGAAAAGAAGACUUAUUUCAGAGUUUGGCCAGAUUUCAGAUCGUGCAAGUAUCUGCGCUCCUGUGAAAAGCAGUCCAAAUGGAACACUAAAAGACAGAAGAGUUCAUUUAAAGCCCAGUAUCACUCAUCCAUCCAGGAAUUUCAUGGACCAAAAAAUUAGCAGCUCAGAUCUGCAGACUGCUUCUUCACUUUCAUCUGGCCAAAAACGAGGAUCAGAUCCCAAGGCAGUGAUGUUUGUACCCCCAUUUCGGAAGAAUAAUAAAUCAGAGGUAGAAAAAACCUGCAUUCCCAGAGAUAUUGCCAAAGUGCCCAGUGUGUUUGUUCCACCAGUUAAAAAGGACUCCGUGGUGAGUGUUCAUCAUGUAAGGAGUUCACAAAAAAGUUCUACUGACUCAGAAUCCCCAUCCAUCUCAAGCUCUGGUUGUGAGAAAAAGAUGGCUAAUCCAGAGGUAAAGUCCCACACUGUUGUGAAAAAUGUUGUUGAAGACAUGAAGAAAGAGAAAGAAGUCGAGGAAGACAUGACGUUGGAAGAUCUGUCCGUUCAAACCCAUCAAGAAAAAGUAACUGAGACCUGGCAGCAGUCCUUGGAGUUAGCACGAGAUAUGCAGGAUAUGAGAAUCAGAAAGAAGAAGCGUCAGAGCAUUCGCCCUCUGCCUGGCAGCUUUUACCUGGCUAAGACAUCUGGCGUGGCGAGAAUAUCCCUGAGAGAGGCUGUUGAAUACAAGUGCCCAUUGCAACACACUCAGGAACAGCUGUAUCAGUAUGGUGUACACUGCAACGUCUCCCAGAUCACAUCUGAAAAUGCAGAGUCGUUCAGGUUCAGCUUUGAUGAUUUCUUCAAACGCAAGGCAUUCAUAGAGAACACUGGUGUCCAGCUGGCUGAUGGUGGCUGGUUGAUCCCAGAUAACAGAGGAACUAUGGGCAAGGAGGAGUUCUACAGAGCAUUGUGUGACACUCCAGGUGUUGACCCCAAACUGAUAAGUGAGGCCUGGGUCUUCAACCACUAUCGAUGGAUUGUGUGGAAACGGGCCUGCAUGGAGAGAGCCUUCCCAGAAGUAAUGGGCAGUCGCUGUCUCACUCCAGAGCAAGUACUUCUGCAGCUGAAACUCAGAUAUGACACUGAAGUGGACUGCAGUCAGAGAUCAGCUCUGAAGAAGAUCAUGGAAAGGGACGACACCCCAGCCAAGACGUUAGUGCUGUGCAUGUGUGGUAUUGCCAAAUCUGGCCACAGUGAAGCGAGGACAGAGAAAUCGGUGGCCGCCACUGAUGCCAAGUCUGAGUCACCUGCUGUGGUCAUAUGGCUUACUGAUGGCUGGUAUUCCAUUAAAGCACUGCUGGACCCUCCACUCUCUGCCAUGGUGCAAAAGGGUCGUCUCAGAAUUGGAGGGAAAGUUAUGAUCCAUGGGGCAGAGCUCGUUGGCUCUCAUGAUGCUUGUCCUCCUCUAGAGGCCCCUGAUUCACUCAUGCUUAAGAUUUCGGCGAACAGCACAAGGCGAGCUCAUUGGGAUAGCAAGCUGGGCUUCCAUAAAGACCCUCGACCCUUCAGGCUCCCACUGUCUUCACUGUACCCGAACGGGGGAGUGGUGGGCUGUGUGGACAUCAUUGUAUUGAGGAGCUAUCCCACUCAGUGGAUGGAGAAGAAGUCUGGAGUCUUUGUGUUUCGUAAUGAUCGAGCUGAAGACAGAGAGGCCAGACGCCACAGCAGCGCCAAGCAGAAGACCAUGGAGCUUCUGUUCUCCAAGAUACAAGCCCAGUUUGAGAGAGAGGAGGAAGAUAAGAAAAAAAACAGAAGAAGGAGAAGGUUUCGUUGCCAUGAGAUUGAGAACCUGCAGGAUGGGGAGGACCUUUAUGAAGCAAUGGAGAGUGACCCAGCUUAUGUGGAGGCCCACCUGAGUGCGGGCCAGAUGGAGGUUGUGAGCAGUUACAGGCGUAGUGUGGCUGAGCAGAGGCAGGCUGAGCUGCAGGAUCGUUUGCGCAAGGCUGUGCAGGAGGCUGAGGAGGCUGAGGGUGGCUGUCCCAACAGAGAUGUCACACCUGUCUGGAAACUCUCCAUCACUGACUUUAAUAACAGCAACUGCAUUUAUACACUGAAUAUUUGGCGGCCCUCUGUGGAGUUGCGCUCCUUACUGAGAGAGGGCUGCAGGUACAAGGCUUAUCAUCUGGCUGCAUCUAUGGCAAAGAAAAGAUCCGGCACAACCAGCAUCCAAUUCACCGCCACAAAGAAAACGCGGUUUCAGGACAUAGAGGUUUGUCCAGAAUGGUUAAGUACACAUUUUCCUGCGAGGCAAUUAGCAAGCUUCAGGGACCUUCAGAACCCUGGAUUCAGCUCUCCGUGUGGAGAGGUUGAUGUUGUAGGAUAUGUCAUCUCUAUCUUGGAUAGACAAGCUCCCUCUCCAGUAUUGUAUUUGGUGGAUGACAAGUUUGACUUUGUCUCUGUGAGGAGCUUCAGUAGUCUGGUUCAGCUAGCUCUGGAGGAUCUGGUGAAACCGUUUGCUUUACUGGCUGUAAGCAACUUGCAACUGCGGGAGCUCUCUGGGCCUGUUCCCAGACUUUAUGCUGGAGAACAAGCACUGUUCUCUAUAAACUCAAAAGAGACCCACUUGCAGGAAGCUGUGGCUCACCUGAAGACCUUUGUACAGAGUUAUGAGAAUUUCUUCAGUGUUGCUGAGGAGAAGCUCUCAAAUCUGAUUCCACCAGGCAACUUGAAGUCUGUACAGUCCCCAAGAACUCUAGGUGUGCCAUCCAUGCCAAAGCCUAACAGCAAAAUGAAUAUAACACCACAGCAGUCAAGAGUUUUCUCCCCUUUUACACCAGUGACUAAGAGAGCCCCUGCAUCCACUGCUCAAACCACUGAGGCCAAAGACCCCAAAAGUUUGAAGAGAAAGCGAGGUAUAGACUACCUGUCCCGUGUUCCCUCUCCACCACCCCUCAGUCCUCUGAGCAUUGUCACCUCUCCCAGUGUUAAGAAGACAUUUAAUCCUCCCAGGAGGUCAGGGCCCCCACAGCUGGCCUGUCCAGAUCCAGCCCUGACCCGCCGGUCUGCUUCCCCAGCUGUGGAGGAGCAGUGGGUGAAAGAUGAGGAACUGGCCAUGAUAAAUACUCAAACACUAGUAGACUAACCACACAGGAAGAGGCUGCCCACCUCAUGCACUUUAGAACAUCCCAAGGCAACGCUGGCUGUCUCAGCCUGUGGCUCUGAGAGCUGUGGACCUGACCAUAGGCAUGCAGUGCCUAAUAAACAAGUGAUGGAAAAAAA